AUGAAGGAAACCGACACCAUCAAAGAAUUCCAUUCGCGUGUGGCGGAGACAGUCAACCAGAUCAAAGCCACCGGUGAUAUCAUGGAAGAAAGAAAAAUUGUGGAGAUAAUUCUACGCAGUUUGUCAUCAAAGUUCGAGCAUAUUGUUGCUGUCAUUGAAGAAACCAAAGAUCUGGCAAAUCUACCAAUGAGCGAGUUGAUGGGCUCACUUUUAGCACAUGAGCAAAGAAUGAGCCGCUUCACCAAACCGCCAUUGGAGCAAGCUUUCUCGUCAAAAGUCAACAUGACGGAAAAUAAAUAUGCCAAAUCGGAGUAA